GGGGGCGGGGCUUCCCCUCCCCUGCCCGUCGGCGGGAGGGAGCGGCUGCGGCGGGCGCGGGGCCGCCAUGAGGUAGGCAGGAGCCCCCCUUGGCUGAGUGAGGCAGCAUGGCAAGUGGGAGUCGAGAGGAGGUGCUGAAGGUCUGACCUCUCCGGGACUACCCGGAGGCUGCAGCAUUUCUGUCUCUGUGUGGUGCAGGACGGGCCUCCCCAGGGCUCUCUGGGCUGCCUGUCUGCACUGACAUCUCUCAUCCACAGUGCUCCUCAUGCCCAUGACUGGCACCCUGCCAGUGCCCACCCUGGGGGCCACACUGCCUUGUGUGGCCGGUGGCACCAUGGCUCUGUGUUCUGUGGAAGCUGCCGAGCUCAGCCCCACCCCGAGCUCGCUGUGGCACACCCAGAGCUGUGCUGGGCCAGCACUAAAGAUGGGCUGAGACUGACGAGGCUGUAGAGGGGUGUGUGGUCUGUCCAGAGCCUCCCUCCUCACUUUCUUGGGCAGCCUGCAUGGAGGCUCCGUGCCCUGGUGUGAUGGGAGCAUAAGGAGAACGGCAGUAAUGAAGGGGGAGAUGGAGAGAUCUGUCUGGGAUCUCAGGAUUUGCUCGGAGUGUCACCAGAGCCAGCUGUGAAGGUGGAGGCAGGAGCCACGCUGGGGAGGAGGAGGACCCAGGGAUGACAGUGUUCUUGGGGGCCAGGAAUGCCCACUCACUCCUGAAACGCUUUCCCAGAGCCAAUGGCUUCCUGGAGGAGAUCCGGCAGGGCACCAUCGAGCGGGAGUGCAUCGAGGAGGUCUGCAGCUACGAGGAGGUCAAGGAGGUGUUCGAGAACAAGGAGAAGACGAUGGAGUUUUGGAAAGGCUACACCAGCUCUGUGUACUCUGUCAAGGACCCCGGGCACAGCACGGAGCGCUCUGACGCUAUGUACGUGGUGGUGCCCCUCUUGGGGGUGGCUCUUCUCAUAGUCAUUGCCCUGUUCAUCAUCUGGAGGUGCCAGCUGCAAAAGGCCACCCGCCACCGCCCUUCCUAUGCCCAGAACCGUUACCUGGCCAGCCGGACGGGCCGCAGCCUCCCCAGGGUCAUGGUGUACCGGGAGCGGUCGCAGAGCCAAGGGGAGACCCAGUACCAGCGGGAAGCCAGCAACCGGGGGGCUGGGGAUGGCAGAGCCGGGGGCGCCCCCCAGCCAGACAGCACCCUCUGCCCACCAGAGCAUUCUGUCUCCGUCCUCUCCAGACUGUCCAGUGCCACCCCCCCGCCUUCCUACGAGGAGGUGACGGGCCACCCGGAGAGCAGCAGCGGCGAGGAGACCAGCGUGUCCUACAGUGACCCUCCACCCAAGUACGAAGAGAUUGUGGCCACGGCCCCUGCCGCUGGCAAAUAGCGGGUCUGCCUCCCUCUGCCUCUUCACACACUCACACUCACCCAGCCACCCUCUCUUCGCCAUGCCUGGGACCUCCUUCAGGUGUCUGUCAGGCCCUCAUCUCACCUGUACAAUCUGGUGCCAUCACACAAUAGCCUUACCCUCCUAACCAAAAAUAGCUGUCCCCAGGUGGGGUGAGGCAGGGCUGUGGGAUGGCUCUGGAGCCAGCCAGCCAUCUCCUGCCCCUCACUCCCCACUCACGUAAGUGCUGUAGCAGCCAGAGCAGAGCAGCAGCUUGUUCCUGGCUCAAUGCAGGGGUCUCCCCACAGUGCAUUUGAUUUCCUCACUUCCCCCUCAAACUGACAUAACGUUUCCCAUGAUCAGAGCAGCCUUGCUGCCUCCCUGGGCUGCUGCUCAGCCUCACCCCAUGUCCUCACUGAGCUCUGUUCUACUGCUCAGGGCUCUGAUUAGGUGAUGGAGAUGCAGGAUUGAUGUGGCAGACUUUUGUCCAUCCCCUCAGUUGGUGGGGCCAGCUCUGUGGGGAGAUGGUGCUUCCCCCAUGUGGAUUUGUUGCCAAGUGGAAGUGGGAAGGCCGGUCCACACUGUGGUGCCUGUAGUGGUAUUUGCUGUGUGGAGAUCAGGGAGAGACAGGAAGGUGCUCUCUGAUCUCCUAGAUCUCUUUGGAAAGGGAGAAAGGGCUUGUGGUGGUCUUGUACUUGAGGUAAGUGACUUUGGAGUAGCAGGGCCUUUUCCUGGUGCUCUCUGCUUUCCCCCUGUGGGUGCUGAGCAGCUGGAGGUCUGGCUGCUGCAGAGCUGGCCAAGGGGGUUGUCUCUGACCCUGAGCGAAAUGUGGUCUCAUGGCUUUACGUGAUGGGGAUCCAACUCUCUCCUGGAGUGUGGCCUAUCCUGUGUCUGCCCCAGAGCUGAGAGCCUGCACACAGGCCAAACCUUCCCUCUCCCUACCCCAAACCUCUCUGCCCUGCCUGGCCCCUCUCUCAGGGGCUCUUUGUCCUCCAGAGCAGGUAAAGUGGGAUGCAAGACCCCACUCUCCUCCUGACCUCCCGGCUGGGCUGAAUGUUUGGUGUCCAGGGCUGUGGCACGGAAGUCCAGCUGACAGGGGCGGGAGCCACAUGCUUUGACAGUCAGGAGCAGGGCCAAGCCCUGCUCAGGUGGUUGUGUUGCCAGGGCAGGGUAGAGCCAGGUGCUUUGCUGUGGGAUCAGUGUCCCCUUUCCCUGGGCAGCUGCCUGUAGGGUCCAGGCAAUGGGGCUGUCCUUUCCCAAUCGUAUCUGAUGGAUUAAUACAAGGGUUGUGCUCCAAGCCCCCAGAAGCAGCCCAGGAACUCCCAGCACUGCCACCACCUGGUGUUCACCCAGCACCAGUCUCUCCACCAGCACCAAAAGGCUAUUGUCCAUCCAUCAGUGGCCUGCAUCCCGCCCAGCCCCAGUGAUGCCCUCAGCCCAGAGCUGAGGCUUGCCCAGCGUGGCUGCUCCUGGGGCAGGACAUGCUGGCACCUUGUCUGUCCCCUCCCCAGCCUUAGCAGAUUGGGGUUAUGGGGAGACCUGACAGUGAGCGUCAGGGCCAGAGCCUGGAGAACACCAGAGGCAGACACAAGGGUGCUCUGCAUCCUCUGUCUUUGAUGCUUGGUCAUUAUCCCUGCAGUUUGUAUUCUGUAAAACUUGGUAUAUUUCUGUGCAAAAAAAAAAAAAAAAAAAAAAAGGUAUUUAUUAAAAAACCCUCACUGUC